CCAUGCUGGUACCGGGACCAUAAACUACGCUCCUUUCUUGAAACAGGACCGAGGGUGGAGUGAUUCCUGGUCGAGUCCCCGGUUGCUAGUGUUGGUGCCAUACAGUUUCUCGGAUCAGAUGGUCAGUGGCCAACGCCAAGCAGCCGCAGUAGGCGCAAUGUUCUGUUUACGGUUGAAAUUUCGAGUGAAAGGGCGAUGUUGGAGCUGCAAUGUCUACCGGUGGAGGUCCUGUGUAGCAUAUUCGACAAACUGUCGGGCCGGGAACGGAGGCCACUGCAUUUGGUGUGUCGCAGAUGGUGUGAAAUUUUAGCAACCAAACAUUUCGUAGGAACGCGAACGCUCAAAUUGACUGCCGAUAAUGUAGAUCUCUUGGGACACUGUGAUAAAUUUACGUCCAUCAGUAUUCGCGAUAACGAUUCUAGUCCGAAAUCUGUGAACCGUAGGAUAUUCUUGAACGCACUACGAAGAGCUCUGUUCAGCGAGGAGACAAACGAUCAGCUGGAAGAUUUGACGCUCAAAGAUGCUCAGAGCGAUUUGCUACAGGAGUUGUUCGGGGAAUGCGAUAGUGAAGUGUGUCGAUUGUCCAAUUUGAAAAGUUUGACUAUUUGCUGCUUCGAAUAUUGCGACGUAUCGCAGAUUCGAGCGUGGAACAUCUCCAAACAUCUAACGAAACUGCACAUAACCGUGGGUAAAUCCGAAGAACUACGUCUUAUUGAGUGUGUGGCUGAGCAGCUCGAGGAACUGUUUGUGGAAACCAACAAGUUGCAUCUGAUGCUAGAGUGUUGUAAUGUGACCGGAUUUGAAAAGCUACGGACCCUCAAGUUAAAAUCGGAUUCGUUUUUCCCGGAACGGUUUUCUUGUGCCAGUGAAAUUGGGGAAAACUUCGGAAGAACUCUGAGUCGAUUAAGAAAUCUUGUAAUCGGGUUUCGCCACAACGAUUUUUUGCUCGGGUAUGCACACGUGUUGCGGCACUGCCAAAAGCUUCGAACCCUUUCGAUUCUCGGGGCAGAUUUGUGCAUCGAGGCAUGUAAUGCGAUCGCAAAUUUGCAUUGUUUGAGGAAACUGGAGCUGCUAUUACGCAUCGAAAAAGGACGAGGUUUACGAUCGUGGAAUCUUCAAAGCUUGGAGGUUCUACAUACUUACGUUGAGAACUUGGCACCACUUGGACAACACCUACCAGCACUAAGUACCAUUCGCAUCUCAAAUCACACCAUCAGGGAGGGUCGUUUCAGUGUCAGACCCGUAGAAAGGGCCUAUUUGCAACGAUACUUCACUCACUUCGAAUCAAUCACCAAACUAUUCCUAUACGACGUUUACCUUGAGGAGGACCUUCUCCAGCAGUUUCCCAACAUGGCAGCAGUGAAGGAGAUCAUUCUACGCUGCGUCAGAACGAGUUCCCUCGUGCUGGACAUCAUCUACGAGCGGGCGCCCCGGGUCUUCAAGGUCUACUUCUGGGACUGCUGCUUUCUGGUGAGCCCCCGAGCCAAAAUUCCAUCCUUCGAAGCCCUACGCCUUCUUCUGCCGGGGGCCUGCAUUUCACAUUCCAGCAGCAAGAUCAUUGCCGUGGAUUACGAGCAGAUUCUCUCCUGAUGACUACAUUUCCCUCCGACGACGGAUCUCUUUUUGUCUCCCGUCUGGUAUCUUUUAGCAAUAAAUUUACCUAAUAUCUCCGAUUAUCGAUUCCAAUUCGAUCUUUUACAGAGAGAAAAAAAA